AUGCUGUCAAUUGCAGCCCAGCUAAUUGACCCUCGAGACAUCAGUAUAUCAUGGGAUAGCAUUGCUGGCUUGGAGGAGAUCACACAGGAGCUCAGAGAAACAGUCAUCCUCCCCAUUCAGAAGAGGCACCUCUUCACUGGCUCACAACUGAUCCAGCCACCAAAGGGAGUGCUUCUUCAUGGCCCACCUGGCUGUGGCAAAACCAUGAUUGCAAAAGCAACAGCACGGGAAGCUGGAGCCCGCUUCAUCAAUUUGGAGGUUGCAGCGCUUACCGACAAAUGGUACGGAGAAUCUCAAAAGCUUGCCAGCGCUGUCUUUACAUUGGCAGUGAAGAUCCAACCUUGCAUCGUAUUUAUUGAUGAGAUUGACUCGUUCCUGCGGUCCCGUGAUAGUCAAGACCAUGAGGCAACAGCUAUGAUGAAGGCACAGUUCAUGUGUCUCUGGGACGGCCUCAUCACGGACCCUGACUGCCAGGUGGUGGUAAUGGGUGCCACUAACCGUCCUCAUGAUGUUGACAAGGCGAUCCUACGUCGCAUGCCAGCUAUGUUUCAUGUUGGUUUGCCUAACCAGCAGCAGAGGGCUGGAAUUAUCAAGCUAGUGUUAGAGACAGAAGGGGUGAGCAAGGAUGUGAACAUUACGAAGAUUGCACGCCUCACUGAGGGCUUCUCGGGUAGCGACUUGAGGGAGUUGUGUCGCAAUGCUGCUCUUUACCGGGUUCGAGAUCUCCUGCGAAUUGAAAAGAAUCAGGGAGGGGUACACAAAGAAGUGUCUGAUGAUGAAGAAACAUUCCAUGAUGCACGUCAGUCUGGUGCAAAAGAAGGUUCAGACGAUGAUGAAACAUUUCAUGAUGCAUUGCGGCCUAUCUGCAUGGAGGACUUCACCAAUGCUCUGGCCAAAAUGAAGAACUCAAAAGUGCUUGCCCACCAGCGACACAGUGUCCCGCUAGAGUUGACUAGGCCUUAUGCAGUCAUCUAACUCCUGAGGACUGUUGUUGCAUUUGUGUUUAUGACUAUAAUGCCCACCAGGAGUGGACUGAACAAUGUGAGCUGCUCUUUUAUUAUUAAGCAAUAUAAGAAAUUCAAUAAUGAUCACCUUCACAACAGUUGUCAGACCACCUCUUUGCUGAACAGCUGCACACUUCCAUCCAUUGAAACUCAUUGUUCAUAAGUGAAUCAUUGUUUGCAAAAUGAAGGCAGUAAAUGCCGACAUUUUAACUGGCAGGUGAUAACCUCAUGCUUACUAAUUGUGGUUGGCAUUCAGGAAGUUAUGCUGUAUGACAUUUGGAUUCGUCAAGGACGGAGUUUUUAUGACAUUUAUUUGCACUUAAAUGUUGUUGCCAGCAGGUGUUGUCUGACAGGACUGU